CUCGGGACGCGCAGGAGGAGUUGCACAAUCAGCGCUCCAAAGACUCCAAAAAGCGGAAAGCGCCCGCGCUCCCUCACUUCAGCAUCCGACACUCAGUGCAGGCGGAUAACAUUUACGUAGCGGAGGACUUUAUGUUGAUAUUUUAAGCCACUUUCGCGUGUUCGCCCUUUUGGAGAGCUCGUUCUGAGGCGCUCGUUCAAAAGCUAGAGCCCGUGGUUUCAUUGUGAAGACAUGCGUCGGAGCAGAGCGCUGCUGCUUGUCUUAGUGCUGGCCUUAUACGUCCUGAGUGUAGAAGCCUAUAAGUGCAGGUGCACCAGAAAAGGCCCAAAGAUCCGAUACAAGGAUGUGCAGAAGCUGGAGAUCAAACCCAAGCAUCCUUUCUGCCAGGAGAAGAUGAUAUUUGUCACCAUGGAGAACGUGGCUCGGUUCAAAGGCCAGGAGUACUGUCUGCAUCCCAAACUCCAGAGCACCAAGAAUCUGGUCAAAUGGUUCCGCAUCUGGAAGGACAAGCACAGGGUGUACGAAGCCUAAAAGCCUGACUACGCAGCACAAUGGAUCAGCUGAGACAAAAACAACGGCAACACCAACUGGAGUGUUCUUGGGGAGUACAGGAUGUCGUUGGCAAUCAAACCGUGCUCCUCCAUCUUCUGCCUGAGAUCUGUCAGGACAAAUCUUACCUUUGUAUUUAGGCUGGUCGGCUUGUUUUUAAUCAGUCUAGUACCAGUCACUCUCCUCCAGUCUGUUACAGCUAUAGUUAGACUUGUCAAUAGUGGACGAGACACCACGUGUUCAAACAGUUGUAGGCUUCUUCGGUUAUGAUUUAAAGGGACUUCUCUUUUGCUUUGGGUUUUAGACUUCUUUAAAAGUGAAGAAUGUGUACAAAUGUGUCUCAGAGAAAACAGGCGACCUCCCCUAGAAUGAACAUUAUAGCAUAUUACAAUGUGGGUGUUUAGUGUUGGAGCAGAUUUUAGCUAUUCUGGUUUCUAUAUUUGUUAAACAGCAACAAAGAGGUCAUAUUCGAAAUGCAACAAUAAAGGUUCUUCUAGAGGAGAGGGAGAUGGAGUGCUUACAUAUAAUACGGACACUACUGUUGUCCAGUUACAUGGAGGAGAUCUGUGUGCAUUCAUCAUGUGCAUGCUAGUCAUAUGUGUCAAACAACCACAUCUAUAAUUCAUUGCAGGGUGUAGUGUUGGUAGAUAGUAAAGAAAUUGUUUCUGCCACAGCUACAUAAACAAUCUGUGGAUUGGAGUUCAUUAAAAAUAAACUAAUAGUUAAAUACACUUUAAAGUUUACAGCAAUAUAAAAAAAUUUAAAGUCAUUUGUAUGAUAGAAACAAACAUACAUACAUUUACCAUUAAAACUGACUACAGUGAGUAUAAGAAUAUUGAUUCAGUGCCCAUGAUUUAACUAUAGCAUUUUAGCCAUUCAUGUGGCUGAAGAAUUAAUAUUGUGAACCACAGUCACUGCCCACAUGUCAAACAAAACUCUCAGAUGUUUAAAUAUGUGGCUGUCUGUUUGAACUGCUUAGGAUUUGUUCACUGUCCCAUGUGGAUGAUGACCCCCUGCUCUGCUCCUAAAAGCAUCUCCUGUCAACUGUGUUUAUUUGAAAGCUAUGGAUACAUUUUGUAAUAAUGCCUGUUGGCCACAAAACUUAGUACUUAUUCCCAUAUAUAAGGAACAACACAUUUUCUUUAUCUUUUCAAGAAUGUGCAUUACUCUUGUUUUAUAUAUUACAUAUAAAUAUAUAUAAAGAGGUAUUUUGUAAAUGGACCACUAUAGCCUAUAUAUUAGUGACAAUGAAUUUACCAUAAGACUUUAUAGUGUCAUGUAUAUUGUAUUACUGCAUUAGAGUUGAUUUUGCUAUUUAAAAUUGGUUUGGUAACAGAUAUUUGGAGGGUUGGUGUUUGGAUGCUCACCCACAAAUAAACACACACAGUUAGACAUUCCAUUGAGUCUAAAACAGUAAACAAAGCAAUAAAGUGUCUAAAAUAGUG